AUGAUACCUCAUAUUUUAUGGCUAAUUUUUUUUGAAUGUUUGUUAGCUGAAAUUUAAGGGAUAGAAUUAAUUUACAGUAGAAUCUUAAUAAUGUUUGGAAUUAUGGUCUGUUAGAUAUUGAUUAUUUUUUGUGGAUUCUAAUUCUUAUGA